AUGCUUAUCACAGGUUUUACUAUUGCAGGGUCCAAUAGUACUUUGGAGUUUAAAGAGAACAGCGAUUAUGUCUACACGAAACAACUGCAUGGACAUGUGGAGGUGCGUUUUGCCGAAUAAGAAGUCAAUGAUUUGCUAUUGUCCAUCAACUAACACUGAAGUCUUGUUUAUAGCAAGUGAUCGUGGACGGCGUGAAAAUUUCCAAUCCGAGCAACGGAUUGCACUGUGUCGCGCCAAAUGACUGCUGGGAAAUCGUUAAACGUAAGAGAUGGAGCUCAUUUUUUGAUCGUCAACACUUUAACCUAAACAAAACAAACUCAGAUCAUUUCCUUGUUUUCUGUCAAAUUUAAGUGAAAGUUAAUUUAUGAUCAAACCGGAUUUCAAAUGGAAUGCUUCAUAUGAGGCGAUUUGGUAGUAUAUUGCAGUGAGAAAAAGACACAUCUAGGUGAUACUCAUACAUGAGGAUAAGAAUAUAAGUCAUUCGCUUCUUCUUUUCUCGUGAAUUCCUUAAUGUUCAAUCUAUAAUUUUCACUCAAGCUGAAAAAUUGCUGGUCGCAUACGGUUUUCUCAAAGGAUCCAUCGCAACAUUUACGGUACAACCGGCGAACAUCCCUGACCGAUAUCCGGCUGCAGUUCAGUAUAAAAAGGUUGGCUUUCCAGAAUGUAAGUGGCAGAAUACUUGUCCUUCAAACUAUUUCAGCAAUAGGGCAUUUUCUAAAUUAUGGCCGCAGCCUACAGCUGGCAGUUUCCUUUUACUUGAAACUGCCCAGCAGUCAGACACAUUUAAUUAACAGAGAAUGUUCUAUUUUCUAUUUAUGUAUAUUGAAUCCGUCUACAUUUAUAAAUUAACCACGUUUAUGGUCCUCCUUACGAGUCGAAUACGUGCCCAAAUGUCCGUUUUAGACGACGCACUGAACUAUACAGCGAAGUCUAUCGUGGCCAAAGAAAUUCUCGAAAAUGAAACUCUCGUUCAUAUUCUAGUAUCCAGUUCGGAUAUCGGGGUAAAUAAUUACGUCAAAUGUGCAUGAAGGGAAUAUUACUUUUGCCAAAUUCGGCAAAAGGAUUGCGAUUAAUUGAUACGAUUUGCUUCUAUAUCAUUCGAAUAUGGCCCCUGCUUGUGGACAGAGCCUCAAGGAACAGUCAGCAGUCAUAGCGUAACUAAAAUAUUUUGCAGUAUACGGCAAGUAAAAGAUUGACAGUAGACUUGAAUAAUUUUUAUUUGUCCAUUUUUAUUCUAGAAGUAUAAAAUUUGAUAUAACAUUUCGCCUUUCCAACAUUUUAGCAUGUAAACGUCACUGGAAAUAUUGCAACGACCCGGAGAGAUCCUACCGCUAUCUCUAUAUUUGGAAAGACCGGUACGUGCCUCCUCUGAAGUGAAAAGCGCGUCAAAUAAGUACAUAACAUUAAAGCGACUGCAACAGAAUGUUUUUGACGAUAUUUAUGCUCAUACAGCCGGUAUAUCGUCUGCCUUUGCUUUUUAGGUGUGCUGAAAUUCGACGUUGUUCUUUUCACCGGCCACCUGGGAACCGAACCGAGAACAAUGGAGAUAAAGUCCAGUAACGGCAGGGUUGACCGUAUUACGAUAACACCCUCCAAUAAACCCGGGGCGACAGCGCCAAUACUGACAUUCAUCGAUUUCGAGAAUUCCUUCAAGAAGUAUAAGAGGGAACAUCGGGUGACGGAUGUUAUGUUUACCAUGCCUUGA